AAACGCGCCAUUAAAGUCUGAUGAGAAAUGGCCCACAGAACAAUCAGGCAGGCUGUAGCGGAGGCGCUGGAGGAUCUGAGAAGAGAUGACUUUGAUAAAUUUUGUCACCAGCUGCGGGACCGCAGGGGAGAGCCGCGGAUCAAACACAGAGAUGUGGAGGGCAAAAAAAUCUUGGAUAUUACAGACCUCCUGGUUUCAAGGUUCACCGAAUACGGAGCCGGUAAGGUCGCAGUGGAAACGCUGAGGCAGAUCAACUGCAACCAGGUGGCAGAGACACUGGAUUCAACAACUAAAGCACUUAUGGACAAAGGUGAUCCUAACUUCCGUAAGACCUCAAGCGGGGAGUUGGAGACAAAGCCCUCACAGGAGGCUGAGAAGCUUAGGGCUAGCCAAAGGCCAUUAACAACAGUGACGGUGAAGAAGCCAGAAGAGGGGGAGGCUGAAGCGAAGGCUUGCGUUCUCUCUGAGGGUGGCGACCCUCGCAGUGAUCAGCUUGUUCUGAGCAGGUGUACGAUUCAGUUUGGCCAGUACAGAGGCCAAACUUUCAAAUGGCUGUUGGAAAAUGAUGUGAGCUACGCUGCCAACAUAGUGGCUAGCCACCAGAGGGAACGGGUGCACACGAAGGAGCAGAGCCCGCUGAUGGUCAACAAGGAUUUCUUGACUCGAUAUGUGAUGGCUUACUCUGAGAUUAUUAAAGAAGUUCAGCAUGAGUAUGAGAAAGCCAAAGAGAGAUCCCUACAGCCAGGCCAAGAAGGAAAGGCCCUUGUUGGCUUUGGUAAAUAUCAAUCUGAGACACUGCAGGAUCUGUAUGAGUCAAAAACCAGCUAUGUCAACUUCCUCCGGGGAAAGAAGUCAACCUGCACCCCAGGGUCCAAAAUGGAGGAUGCUAUCAGAUACAUCUUGCAGCGUGACCGGGCUGCAGCUGCCACUGCUCUCAGCAGGCCCCAAGCAGCCAGGAGGACUAAGACCAGAGGGAACUGGAUCCAGAGCACCAGAAGCCAGUUCACCAGUGGCUCAAGACCCAGAGGGAGAAAGCAGAAAAGGAGCUGGAGGAGAACACGAACCACCCAUUUGUCCCGUUAUUGACAAAUUCCCUCUCUUUGGAGGCUGGUGACCUAUCCCCCUGUGGCACAGACGCUUAUCACCAAAAUGAAGAACGAACCAAAAGCUUCUCAUGUGUCACUAAAGUAUUAAAACAUCAUUGUCACCCUUAA